AUGGGGCUGCGAUACUAUGGAGCCGCCGCCACCUGGAUCCGAAUUGGCACCUUCGUUGUGUCUACCCGGGCGCACACUGAAUGUCGCGGCACCGAGCUCGUUGGCCAGGAUGUGUGGACCGUCGCGCGUGAGGUUGAUAAGGCCUUGCAGCAGACACACGUUCCUCGCGAGUUUGGCCUUGAGCUGUCCAACGCAUUCUUUGCUCUGGAGCGCUCGGGGGCCCUCCCAGGAGCUGUCGAGGAUUGCGCGCUUGGAGUGGCGGUUCUCAUUCUGAAUGCCCUACCUCAAGCAGAAAUCCGCUUUGGCACCGCGAAAGCCAAAGAGUAUUUCUUGCUUUUCGAGGGCUUGAGGCAAAAGUAUGGCCAUCUUUGGAGCGUUGCUGGAUUCGCCUGGAACUUGCGGACACAUCAGUCAGAUAGCUACCCACUUUUGCUGGGCUUGAAGCCGCAGGGUUGCUAUGACUCGGGCGUGAAAGUCUACGUCUAUGACACGAUCUUUGCGUCCCGACCGCUGGAAUGCAGCCAGGGCAUGUUUGCCAGUGAGGUGUUCGUCCACCAAUACCUCCUGCACAGUAGCUGCCGCACGGAGAACCCAGCUGAAGCAGAUUUCUUCUUUGUGCCCGUCUACGCAGCCUGCGUGAUGACAAAGGACAGAAAGACAGCCGAAGACAUGGACAUCUUCUAUAGUCACCUGGUGAAGGAGCAGUUGACGUACUUCGAGGACCAGGGCGGCAUCGACCACAUCUUUCUCUGGUCCUCGGAAACCUACGAUUUCCCUUCGUGGCAGGACUACAUCCCAGACUCCCUCUUUCUUUCCGUUGAAGCCAGGCCAAUUGAGUGCACGGACUUCGAUUUCUUUUCCGAAGAGACGGCGGACAACUUUGGAGCACACUGUAAGCAUUGCUACUGGUGCUUCACACCCUGGAAAGACUACGUCAUUCCGGGCUUCGUGGAGAAGUGGAGUGUGGACAAACUCCGUGCGCUGGAGAAGCCCCAUGAGCAGCGGUCCUACACGGCGUGCUACCAUGGUGCCGACUCUGAUGCUCUGGCCAUCUACAAGUAUGCAAACACCACGGUACGGAACGACCUGCAGACGCUUCGCGGGCGACCAGGCUUCAGCAUCGGCUACCGGUUUGUUCGCAUCACCGAGUACUUCGAUCGUAUCGGCGAUUGCCACUUCUGCUUUGCGCCGAAAGGCUUGGGAUUUUGGAGCAAUCGCCUCUAUGAGGUCAUGUUUGCCGGCUGCAUACCCGUCAUCCUCUCCGACCACAUCGGCCUUCCUUUCGAUGACUUCCUCGACUGGUCCUCCUUCUCAUUGAAGUGGCCGAUGGAUGAGGUGGGCCCUGCCCUGGCGGAGCACCUCGAGGGCCUCUUGGAGUUCCAGCGUCCUGCGGUGGAAGCCAUGCACCGGGCAGUGCUGCGCAACAGGUGCUGGUUUGACUACAACUCAGAGGAUCCGGACUGCUCUCCGUACUUGGGCAUUCUGCGCUACCUGCGGAAGAAGAAGGAGGCAAUGCCCCGUUCUCAAGGAAGGACAUGGGACAUUGUCACACCUCCCAUACGCGGAACUCCACGUGCAGUUGCAGAGCGAGAGGGCGGAUGA